UUACGAGCCUCUGUGCCUUCUCCUGCUUUUUGUGCCUUUUCUGGAGGACCUGGUGCCCUGCCCCUGCCAAGCUCAAGCCCAGAACUCCAGUAGGACCCAGAGAGCUUGUACGUUACGUUGUUGGAUGUAGUGGGUCUGGACAUAGCCUGUAGAUUGGCCUAUAUUUCACACGCUAAGUCCUAGGCCCCUCCUGGCCGGUCCUUUGGCCACUGCGCAUGCGCAGUAAGGGUAGUGUGACGUCACGUCGUCAUGGCAACGCUGUCCCUGCCUCAUUGCUGGUGACGUCGCUACCCACGCCCCACCAUGGAGUAUACGGGACCUGCGACGCUGACCCAGCUAGAAAUGGACCUUGCUCUCAGUGACGACGACGAGAGUAUGGCCCAUGUCAACGCCGAACGUCACUGGCCACCCUUAGACCACCAUCAGGCUGCCGCUACGUCAUCCACCCCCACGAGCCCGAGCCAAUCUCACGCCCCUCUUACUGCCGUCGCCAAUAAGCGCCGUGUCGACUCCUCGUCCGACACCAGUACCGACUCACUGAACCCCCCAGCCCUCAAGACUCUGAAACACAACGAGAUGCACCCUGCGCAUCAGUCACCUACCUUACUAUCGCCUGCAGGUCAACCAUCCCCUUCUGACACGCGCGAGGCGGCCGCUGCACUCCCCCCUGCUAAGGGCCCGCCACACCCAUCCCUUGGCCCCUUAACCCCUUCUUCCCUGCCGCCACCACCUCCCAGUACACCUGCCCCUGUCCAACCAGCGUUUGCGCCGCGAGCAGACUAUGCAAAGCUCGUUUUCCCAGGCAACCCGUCGGUGGAAACGAAACUACGGUGGUUGUCAGAACUCAACAAAGUCUUCCAGUUAGAUCGUUGUCUGGCUGAGGUGAAAAUGUCUGCUGUGACGUCGCGCUUCGUCUACAUCUCAAGGAAGCGCGAGGACAUCAUAGGGCGAGUCGUGGCUGGAGAGUUUCUGUCCCUAAAGCUUGACAUGCAGGACUCCCCUGAAAGGCCAAGGAAAUAUCCUAGCUACCUUGUCACAAGGUAUCCGGUUGGAGUCGCACCAUCGCUGGCCAAGGAACUGAUCGGAGUCCAUUCUACUCGACGAUUCCAUGUAAAUGGGGAGCCCAUCAACCGUAUCGUGGCCACCUGGAGUCUGCCUUCCCCUCCUCCGUCCUCCGUUGAGUUCAGUUUUUUACCCUUCCUUCCUGCCUGUGAGCUUCGCAGACUGGAAAAUGAUAAACCAACGUGUUACAGAUGCUGGGGGAUUGGCCAUAUCUCCCGCUACUGCUCUUCAUCCAAGAAAUGUGCUUGGUGUGCUCAAGCCCACGAUACGCGCACCUGCUCUCACAGUGCCCCCCCGCCGCCACCCUCUUCUGCGUCAUCAGCCACCAAUGAGUCACCCAUGCAGUCCGUGCCCGACACCGCUCACUGGGAAUGUCCUCGGUGCCAUGAAAAGGGGGUGAAUGUGUGGCAUGGAUGUGCGAAGCGCCGAGUCAGCCCUGCCUCCCCUCCCGCUCCCCCGCCACCGUUGGUCCGCUCUGCUCCCGCUGCUGCUACAAGCGCCUCAGCCUCGACCGCACACCAUGCCCAAGUUGCUGCCCUUCGUGACGCCGUGUCCUCCCUUACAUCGAAAGUUAACAGCGUAACAGCGCGGAUUGAUUCCCUCGAGUCUCGACUGGAUGAACUGGCAACUAAAUUCACCGCCGCAGAAGCCAAGCUCGACACACUUGUUGAUGCCCACACGAGCCUGAUCGCCAACGUCACCUCCCUCACCGAGAGGGUCGGCACACUCGUUGAUACCGUAGAGAGACUGACCGAUGAGAAGGCGCAGCCUCCUCCUCCUUCACGUGGAGCACAGCGCUCUGCGGCACGCCUGACCACCCCCACCAUACAUGGUUCCCGACAUCCUAAGAGUAGACCUCAAUAG